AUGUCUUCACCCGCUACUCAAUUCGUCUACGUCCCCAACCUAGUUGGCGGCCAAAUGCUCAGGAUCCCCAUCGAGGACAUCGAAGCCGAGGGCCAGAUCUCCAUCUCACAACAACCCAUUGCCAGCCCAACGCUCUCGUCAAGAUACAUUCGUGAAUCAUCCCCUUCUCCGAGCGUCGAGAGCGUCGACGACACCGACGAGUGA